AUGGAAAAUGAUAAUGUUUAUACCAAAUACUGUUUAGUGCCGCAAUGCCUUUCAUCAACAAAAGUAUCACCAGGAAAAAUAUUCCUUUCAUUGCCAGUGGGAUCGAGUGAUAAAAAUAAAGAGAAAAGAAAAUUAUGGUUGCAAGCCAUAAAUGGAAAUGAUUUAUCCGAGAAAACCAGAGGAUUUGUUUGUGAAGACCAUUUCGAAGUUGUCGAGAGAGCGAAUACUGCUUUGCAAGGAUCUCCUCAGACUCAGAGUAUUGCUAAAAUAACGAUAGAAAGCAUCAAUUUGAAAGUGCCACAUCUCACACCCAACGAUGACAUAAAGUUGCAGUUGUUGACACGUAUCAAAGCAGAUGAGUCUAUGAUGAUACCGUUUCGCCGAUGGGAAUUGCACGAGCUACCAGCACUCACACAAGGAUCUACCAUAGAAAUCUGGUCCGUCAAGACAUGUUCUGCAUUGGACAGUCCAAGAUAUGUUAUAGUAUUUUUCCAAACGAAAAAAGCCGAUAAUUUGCAUGAAGACGUCACCUUGUUCGAUAAUGCCAACAUCAAAUCCAUACGAUUGGCUCUGAAUAGCGACUAUUAUCCGCAAGAACGAAUGCUAUUGGACUUUUCCCGAGACCAAUAUGCCGACGCCCACUUCAACUAUACAGAGUUCAACAAGAGCUACCAUAACUGUCAAGAAAAGCGCUCUCUAGUAAACUUUGCCGAAUUCAAAUCCCGACCAAUGUUUGUUAUCGAUUGCUCGAGGCGCCAUCUGGGUCUAAAGUCGUCCACAGUUGACAUAAAAGAUAAAGAUGAUUUAUCUCUAGAUAGGGAUAAUUUAUCUUCAAUACACUGCGAGCUACAAACUCAAGCCGAAUCCACACAAUUAUGA